AUGAUUAGUUCGCACGUGAAAAUAAUUUUGUGGAUUUUUAUAUUUUCGGGCGUGCAAAUGGAAAGCAUAAAGUGCAAUGAGCUGCUCGUCUUCCAGGACUUUUUACGCGCCCAGCGAGUGCGCCACGCUCUUGUAGUUACCGACCAACCAAACAACGACCAAAUUGAAAGCUACACCCGUUUGCUGGCAAGCUAUAGCUUGCAGUUUUAUUCACCCGCCACGAGUAUUAAUUUCACAGAGCUCUUUUACUAUGGCGCGCCUCGGACUGCAAUAUUGGUGAGUAGGUUUGAGAGCGAGCAGGCGAGGCACGCAGUUUACGGUGCAGCAUCUGUAUGGGGACAGUUCAACAACUCGCAGGCUUGGCUUAUGCUGGGCUCUAGUCGGCCAGAUCAGACAGCUGAGCAGACUAUUGCAGAGGUCUUGACUGGCCUUAACAUAAACAUCGAUGCAGAUAUAACGGUUGCCUUGCCAUUUUCCACAAAUAUAAGUUGGCUAUUGUAUGAUGUCUAUAAAGUGGGCGAGUGUACACGACUGCAUGUGAUCAACAAGGGGAUGUGGAGCGCAGCGGGCAGCUAUCAGCUCUUGUACAGCUUCAGCGAAUUUAGCUGGAUGCGGCGACGAAAUGACUUUGGAAACAUCACUCUUAAAGGGAGCACUGCGCUGGUUGAGAAGCCAAUUUUGUUCGAUGACUUGGCUUAUCUCAAAGACGAUAAGCAUCUGCUACAGUUGGAUCCCAUGCAACGAAAGACAUUUCAACUUUUUAUACUGAUGGCGCAUAUGUACAAUAUGAGUUUGGAUAUACGCUUCACCAACAACUGGGGACAGUUACAACCGAACGGCAGCUGGUCGGGCGUGAUGGGGCAGGUGACGCAGGGCGAGGCAGACUUUGCACUAUGCCCCAUGCGGUUCGUAACGGACAGGCAGCGAUAUGUGCAAUUCACGCCCGUGCUACAUACGGAGUACAUACACUUUUUGUUCCGGCACCCAAGGCGCAAUAGCAUACGCAACAUAUUCUUCGAGCCACUCAGCACGCAGGUCUGGUGGUGUGUGUUGGCGCUUAUCUGCGGCAGUACACUUCUUCUAUUGCUGCACAUACGGCAGGAGCAUGAGGUGCCAGAAGAAAUAGCAGACACGGAUCGGCUGCGCCCAGUAGAACGUCGGCUCGCGUUUGUUUGGUUUACCAUGCUGGAGACCUAUCUACAGCAGGGUCCCGCAGCAGAUCUCUUUUCUCUGGCCUCCACACGGCUAUUGGUUAGCGUGAGCUGCCUUUUCAGCUUCAUGCUCAUGCAGUUCUAUGGCGCGUUUAUUGUGGGCUCCUUGUUAUCGGAGACACCGCGGAGCAUUGUCAGCUUGCAGGCACUGUUUCAGAGCGGUCUAGAGCUGGGCAUGGAGAACAUCUCGUAUAACUAUGCUCUCUUCACCAACACCACCAAUCAGCUCGUACGCGACGUCUACAUUCAACGCAUUUGCCGACCGAGAGAGCAGAAUAUACAAAGCAUUCAGCAGGGCGCGGAGCGUAUAAGGCAAGGUGGAUUUGCUUUCCAUGCGGCCAUCGAUCGCAUGUAUCGCCUGCUUGUAAAUCUUUUGGAUGAGGCUCAAUUCUGCGAGCUGCAGGAGAUCAUGUUCAAUCCGCCGUAUGUAUCUGGCUCAGUGCUACCUAAGAGCUCACCUUGGCGCGAGCAUUUGGUGCACGCCGUCCUCAGCCUACGCGAAACUGGUCUUAUGCAAUACAAUGACAAACAAUGGACUGUGCCUAAGCCCGAUUGUCGCAUGUUUCAAGCAGCUCAAGUAGAGGUGGAUCUAAAACAUAUCGCCCCUGCUCUAUUUACGCUGCUGUUAGCAAUGCUCACUAGCGUGGUAGUGCUUUUACUCGAACUGCUGCUCGACUGGACCCAACGAAAUGUGCACAGAAUGAUAAACAUCAUAAAGUAA